AUGCUGCAGGUGACAGAAGAGGAGGGGCGGCGGGCGGCUUCUGAGGGUGGUUGCGCCUUCUACGAGGUGUCUGCCGUGGACGAUUCGGCCGGCCUCUACCAGGCAUUCGACUCGCUGCUGGCCGAGGCCCGCGCGUCGCAGCAGCACCAGCCCAAGGCGCGCAAGUUCUCCGUCUCCAAGAUGCUGGGCACGCUCAUCGGCAAGCCGCAGACGCAGCCGCCCCCGCCGCCCGCGGGCGCCGCCCCCGGAGGCGGCACCGUCGUCGAGUUCCACAUCGCGGAGGCGCACGGGUCGCGCCGCCACAGCCGCAGGAUCAACCUGGUGGCCGCCGCUUCUUCGUGACGUCAUCCACCGCACUGCAACCUCUCCUCACGGGCUGCACGCAAUCCCUCGCUGGCCGGCUGGCGGUGUUCCGUCGCAGGGCGGGUGCUUUACAUCUCAUCACUCAAAAUUCCCGUCGGCUCAUAGAAUGAGCGUUGUCUCAGGUCGGCGACCUUAGCAAGUAGCGAAUUCACUGAAGGCGCAGGUGCUUCUUGGAGGCUACGAAACCUAAAACCGAAGUGUCAGUGUAUAAAUCCGAUGAUUUUCUUCGCAGAGUCAUGUCUCACAGUAGUGAUUACCACUUCAUCCAAUGCUGUGGCUUACGUGCACAGUUCUGAGAUGGAAAUGUAUUGCCACGAACAUUACUGGGCACCGUGGCUGACAGUAUUGCCUAACAUGUGGCUCCAAUAUUUCCGGCCAACAUUGCCGGCCUAUACAAAAGCUAAUAUGAAAUGUCUAUGACCUGUAGUAUUAGGAUAAUAUUCUCAUAUGGCACUAUACGACAACUCAAUCCAGAAACAAGUCUCUCUAGUGUCUGGCUGAAUGUGAGACGCUUCGCACUCAAGUUACGUGUGUAGACUAUUAAUCUCCGCGUGUCUUUCUGAAUAACACGUUUUCUUUCCAUUAUGAUGUCUGUUUUCAUAUUUACAAAGGAGAACUCUUCCAUGUGUUUAGUCGUAUAAAUAAUAAUCACAUAUUAAUCUCUUUGUCGAUGUUGGCGAUUGCAUGUCAUAAGCCGGUAGUCUAAUGUAUUUUACUAUGUCAAAGAGGAUAGCCUUCCUCAAGCUACACUGAUUUUUAUUACGGCGAAAAAGCAGAAGUUGCGAAUUUCGCUUUUAUUUACUUGAUUGUUAAGGCUCUGAGCACUAUGGGACUUAACAUCUGAGGUCAUCAGUCCCCUAGAACUUAGAACUACUUAAACCUAACUAACAU